GUUUACUUACAUAAUGGGAAGUUUUUAACACUAUAGUUCUGUCACUGUUCAGUCGUGUCGUGAAAAUUUGUUUUUUGCACGCCGUAAGAGUUCAGAUAUCGAAAUGAUGAUGCAGCGCGCAACUCUGUUGGCUCCGUUAGCCUUGGAAGCAACAAUCCAAGCGCAACAACAGCGUGGUAUGGCCACAUUAAAAGCCAUCUCGAUACGACUGAAGUCUGUUAAGAAUAUACAAAAAAUUACGCAAUCCAUGAAAAUGGUAUCAGCUGCCAAGUACUCUCGCGCUGAGCGUGAUUUAAAAGCAGCUCGUCCAUAUGGAAUUGGUGCUCAACAGUUUUUCGAAAAAACCGAAAUUAAAGCCGAGGAAACAGCUGAACCUAAAAAACUACUAAUUGCCAUGACCUCAGAUCGUGGUCUCUGCGGUGCAGUACAUACUGGUGUUGCUCGUACAAUCCGAGCUUUCCAUGGCAUAUUCUUUAUGAAUUCCGAAAUCAUUGAGGAAUCAUUCUUGUACAUGCACAUAUAUCACAAUGGUAUGGAAUAUACGCGUUUAUAA